AUGGGUAAACGUGAUUUUACGUUAGAAGAGCUCCAAAAGUUUGACGGCAAGGGUGAGCACAAGCGAAUACUGAUAGCGGUUAAUGGUAAAAUAUUCGAUGUCACCAAUAACGGACAGGAGUUCUACGGCAAAGUUUUCGCUGGCAAAGAUGCGUCCAGAGCACUAGCAUGUUUCAAUCUGGAGACUAAAAAUGAGUAUGACGAUCUCUCAGAUCUUACUCCCGAUCAGAUGAAGACCUUGAGAGAAUGGGAACUUCAGUUUUCUGAGCGUUAUGAUCAUAUUGGACGACUUUUAAAACCUGGAGAACCACAUCGAGUUUAUGAGAUUAAUGAUGGAGAAGAUGAAGUUGGCGGUACAAAUCAUAUUGUCCAACGGAGUUGCAAGGAGAAAAUAACCUGA